ACAAAUUUACGUUUAUUACGGAAAGGGUAGGUACAAUAGCCGGAAGUGCUCCACACUCCAGUUUAGUAGGUGGCGGUAGUGCACCAUAAGCUGGUUUGCCAACCGCCAUACAAUUUCAGAAGAAGAAGAAGAAUAGCCGGAAGUAGUGGCUACAGGAAAUGCCCGUUUGUUUUCUUUUUCGAACAGCAGCGUUCAUUGUUGUACUAUGUUCUGCCCCUAUUGCGGCGCCGGGACCCCCAUCAACCGUAGCCGUUUCUGUCACAAAUGUGGAAAAUGCCUAACAUUUCUGCCUGACGGCGGUAAAAUGGCCUCAAGUUCCGCCGCAGAUGAUGGCGAAAUAGCAACUACUUCAGCAACUACUAGCACAAGGUGUGCAACAUACAAGCAAUUCAUGAGCUACAAGGCUAUCAAGUCACAAGAAAGAACUGAACGAAGAGACACAAAAAAAAACAGCCUUGCCACAAACAAAGAAAAAAGUUCAGAUAAACGUUGGAUUGAUGUUGCGCAAUGGAGUCGACCUCAAACCUGUGAGAGGGAAAAUGCUCCCAUUAUGGACCAUGCCAGAGGUAGCAGCAGCUGACCUUCUAAAACAGGCUGUCCAGAAAUUGAAAACAUUCAACAAAGACAUGGAUGAUGGACCCUACCGUCUUCUGUUUCCCGAUGGCUCCGAGGUGGUGGUUGUCCCUGGGACCGAAAAGCCAUUCCUUUUAGCUGAAUAUAAAAAAGAAAUUGGCAAGCCAUAUUGCCGCAUUACACUUUUUGUAUGUCCGGAUGAACAUUUCCAAGAAGCAUAUGCUGAUCCUGAUUCAGAUUCAGAUUCCGAAGUCAUUGUGAGAACCCGGAGGUCUUUGGAAUUCAGUGAGGCGGACACCGUGCUUUGUGAACCUCUGAAUGAGAGUACACCCAAACACCAAAUCAAGCAAGAAGUAAUGGAAACACAGAAAACUGAGCAGAUUGUCAUAUCUGAUUCUGAGGAUUGUCCGGAUCCACCUAAACCAGCCAUGUUAAAGUACUACAGCACAUACACAUGUGUGUAUGCACCACAAACCGAGGAGGAGGAGGAGGAGGAGGAGGAUGACAUGCCUGCUCCUGUUCCUAUGGAUGUAGGGGGCAAGACAAUGAUGGACUCCGACAUUACAUUACCGGAUAUCAUCUAUGAUCUUUCUCAAAGUAUUGAUCAUGGAAGGGUCAGCAGGUUUAAUGUUUGCCGGUCAGAUGUGUGGGAUGGAGCUCUACGAGGUUUCAAGCGAAGCACAUUUUCAGAAAAAUGCGACCUGUUGGUCAGAUUUACUGAUGAUGCUGGGGUGUUUGAAGAUUCUGUGGAUACAGGUGGGCCAAAAAGAGAAUUUCUGACUCUCCUAAUGAGUCAUCUGAAAAAUCGCCCGAUUUUCAGUGGACCAGAAGGGCAUCGUUACAUUACCUAUAAUGCGAAGGCUGUCAGGGAGGACGAGUACUUCCUGGCAGGAAAGAUGAUCGCAGUUUCAGUAGUACAUGGCGGUCCGGGCCCUCAUUUCCUGUCAGAAGAUUUUGUGCAUUUCCUUGCAGGCCAGCCCUCUUUCAAAGCCACAGUUAAUUUAAUAACCGACGAAGAGAUAGGGCAAGCUUUGAGAGAGAUUGAGAGUGCUGCUUCCUUGGAAGAUCUGCAAGACUGUACUCUUAAGCAUAGCACGAUGUUGCAGACUGCAGGGUGCUUCAGAUGUGUGAAGUCCCUUGAGGACAAGAUGACCAUUGUAUCCGACUUCCUGAGAUGGUUUAUCAUUGAUCGUAACAUGUGUGUGAUUGACAGGUUUAAAGAAGGACUCUCAGCUCUUGGAUUGUACAACGCACUGCAGCUGUACCCAGCACUGCUGUCCCCUGUCCUGUGCCAUGUAGAAAAGCAGCUCACGGCUGAGUUGCUGGAGGAUCUCUUCAGGCCAGACUUGAGUCCAUUGGGGAGCAAUAGGAGGGUCAGAGAGGGAAAGACCCUGGGAUUUUGGAAUGACUACCUCCUUGAUUGUCAAGAAGGCCAGACUGCUGUAUCAGUGGAGGAGGUGCUCAUGUUUGCCACUGGACUGAAUUCUCUCCCCCCAUCUGGGCUGAACCCGCAGCCAAAACUGGAAUUCAUUGAAGAUUCACCAUAUCCAAUGGCAAAUACGUGUGCUAACACAUUGAAAUUGCCAGUGUUAAGUAAUUUUGAACUCUUCAAGUCCAAUAUGGCAUUCAGAACUCUCCUGGUUUUGGCUGCUUCUAAAAGCAAUCAGGGUUGUAUUAGCUGUACACCCAUUUACCUACACCAAAUGAUUCGUUCAGGAACAGUAAACCAUGUUCUUUUACUGUCUACAUUUAAUGUGUCUACUGUUUGACUAGACUGCUAGAAUCAAUGGCUAUUUUGCUUUUAUUGACUAGAGUUUUCUGCCAUUGACUUGUAUUUGUCAGUUCUCUGUGCACUGUCUGUCAACCAUUGUUGUAUGACACAUUUUUGUUCAGGAACGGUAAACCAUGUUCUUUUACUGUCUACAUUUACUGUGUCUACUGUUUGACUAGACUGCUAGAAUCAAUGGCUAUUUUGCUUUUUAUUGACUAGAGUUUUCUGCCAUUGACUUGCAUUUGUCAGUUCUCUGUGCACUGUCUGUCAACCAUUGUUGUAUGACACAUUUUUGUUCAGGAGCAGUCAACCAUGUUAUUUUUACU